UCUGGAAGGUGGCGGUAAUGCACCUACAAGUUGUUUGCCAACCGCCAUUAAACAAAAGAAGAAGAAACCGAUGACUUCCUGUCAAGAUGGCGCUGAGCAGAGGCUACAGGAGCGUGUGGAGGACAUGUAGCGGGCUGGUCGCGCGGUACCCUCUCUGGUACGGCUCCGCGAGAGAACACGGCUCUGAUAGCGGGCAGCUGAUUCCUCGAACCUCGCUGAGCCGUCCUCCGUGGCCGGAUCCGGUCCCCGUGUGUCCGGAGGAGGAGCGGCGCCGGCACGCGGAGGUGGUGAGCAUCGUGCAGCAGCGGGUCCAGAGGCAGGACUUCGGCCGGCUCUUCGCCGUGGUGCACUUCGCCAGUCGCCAGUGGAAGGUGACCGAUGAGGACCUGAUCCUGAUCGAAAACCACUUCGACGCGGAGUGCGGGGACCGGAUCCGCAUGGAGAAGGUGCUCCUGGUCGGGGCGCAGGACUUCACCCUGGUGGGCAGGCCUCUGCUGGGGAAGGACCUGGUCCGGGUCGAAGCCACCGUCAUCGAGAAAACCGAGUCGUGGCCCAAAAUACUCAUGCGGUUCAGGAAAAGAAAACGGUACAAGCACCAAAAAACCAUCAUUCAGCCCCAGACUGUUCUGAGGAUCAACACCAUCCAGCUGUACCCUGGGCUCUGCUGACCGGACCGGACCGGACCGUCAGAGCCUGGUGUCUCAUCAGUUUGUUCUGAGGAUCAACACCAUCCAGCUGUACCCUGGACUCUGCUGACCGGACCGGACCGGACCGGACCAUCAGAGCCUGGUGUCUCAUCAGUUUGUUCUGAGGGAUCAACACCAUCCAGCUGUACCCUGGGCUCUGCUGACCGGACCGGACCGGACCGUCAGAGCCUGGUGUCUCAUCAGAUUCUGAAGUGCUUCAGAGCACAAACAGUUUUCAUUUGUCUGAUCUUUAAAUAAACCCACAGAAAGCAGA